GUGUCAGUGCAUUCAGGAGGGUGUCUGGCUGAGGCGUUUGUUUGGGGAGUUUGGUCAUGAUCAUGCUGGUGGUGUGCCUGUGUUUGUGGAUAAUCAGUCUGCCAUUGCCCUUGCACAGAAUGCAUGCUUGCAUGGCCGCACCAAACACAUGCAGGUCCGGUGGCAUUUCAUUCGGGAGAUGGUAGCUGCGGGAGAAAGGGGGAAGUUGGAGGCUUCUGGAAGAUGGGGUGUGCACUUGGGGAUUGCAAAGGACCACAAGGGGCCUAAGUGGCAUUGGGUGAGGAGACUCCUUGAUAAGGAGGUGCGGCUUGAGAUAGUGAAGACCCAUCAGCAGGCAGCAGAUAUUUUCACUAAGCGUCUUGCGGACGCGGAUCAUUGGAAGGGCAUGAAGCUUGCUGGGAUGAGCGUGCAUUGAGUAUGCAUGCUUGAGAUGUGGUAUGGUGCAUGAUGGUUGGCAGCCAGAGGGGGAGAUUGUUGUG